AUGGCUAAUAUAUCUCUUCAAACAGUUGAAGAGAGAAUUAACAAGUUCGGAAAGCUAUGGAUGAUAGAUGACCUUAUCCGCGAGCGUGGAAGAGACGUUGAGCAAGUUCCAAUUCUUGGAUACCCCCGACACGAGAAUAGCGCCACUGAAUAUGAGCACUUCACAGGCAAGGAUCUCGACCUAGCGCUUUUUGCGCCUUCAGACCUGUCGUUUGUCAUCACGUUCUUCGCCCUCUUCCGCCUUGGAUGCAAAGUCUUGACUCUUUCGAUUCGCCUAAAUUCGUCAGCAUGUCUCCAUCUCCUCCAUCAAGCGGGGUGUGAUACUAUGCUCGACGGAACGACUGCUCAUAUCGAUUCGGUCAUGAUUGAGGUCAGAGACGCCCGCCAAGACCUGAAGUUCAUCGAGAUGCUAGCCAGGGCGGGUUUUGAUAAGCCUCAAAGGUCUCCGGAGUCUUUCUGGCGGGAUAUUCCUAAUAGAGAGGAGGAGCACGUCCAAGUGUCGCUUAUGGCGCAUUCAUCGGGCUCGACUGGCCUCCCCAAACUAUUGUCUGUAUCUCAUCGGAGUCUUUUGGCCUCUAUGGUCUCGGGAACUGGUCUCAAGGCGUUCAACCACUUACCCUGGUAUCAUCUACACGGUCUGAUAACUUCUAUACAAGCUAUGUGGAUGCGUAAAACGGCUCACUUGUUUAGUGCGCACUUACCGCUAACGGCAGAUAAUUUGAUUUCGGCUCUCAAGUCGAUACAGCCUGAGAUAUGUCAUACGGUCCCCUACGCAUUGAAGUUGAUGGCAGAGAGACAAGACGGAAUCGAUGUUUUGAAAAGAUGCAAGUUUGUGACAUCCGCGGGGGCUAGGACUCCGGACGAGCUUGGGAAUCGAGUAAUCGAGCAGGGAGUAAAGCUUGGUCUUCCAGGAUCGCGGUAA